ACAUGCCCGUCAACAUUCUCGCUCAAGCCUUCAACGAGGGUCUUGACUCUAUUCCGUAUGGCUGGACCAUAUUGAAGGCAGCAUGCGUAUUCGCUGUAGUCUACCUUUUCAAAUGGUUCUUCAAUGGCGCUGCCAAUGGUUCCGAGAGGAACAUGCACUCCAAGGUGGUCAUGGUCACGGGCGGAACGGCUGGUAUAGGAGCUGAAGUCGUGAGAGGUCUUGCGUCUCGCGGUGCACAAAUUGUUCUCCUGGUCCGUCAACCGCUCGUUGACCCCUUUCUCGUCGACUACAUCGAAGACCUGCGCACCCAAACCGGCAACGAGCUCAUCACCGCCGAGCAUGUCGAUCUCGAGUCUCUACAUAGCAUACGGCAGUUCGCCACGAAAUGGGUUGACAAUGCGCCUCCCCGACGUCUCGAUAUGAUAAUACUGUGUGCAAACACGAUGACACCGCCUGGAGGAAAAGCAAUGCAGACCGAGGACGGCUUGGAGUCAACCUGGGGGUUGAACUACAUCGCCAACUUCCAUCUAUUGAGCAUACUGAGCCCCGCACUCCGAGCGCAGCCUGCUGACCGCGACGUCCGAAUUAUUGUUGGUACUUGUUCAUCAUACAUGGGAGGAAAGUUGCCGAGCAUGGAUGAGAAAUCAAAAAAGAAUGGAAAAAGCGAGCCCGGACAACUCGACUUCACGCCCUCUACUGUAUACGCAACCUCUAAGCUUGCACUCAUGACGUUUGCUGUCGCCUUUCAAAAGCAUCUGUCCAAUUACUCUCGCCCCGACAAGAAGCCGAUGAAUGCGCGCGUCAUCAUGGUCGACCCGGGUUGGACGCGGACACCUGGUAUGCGACGCUAUCUGACGUUUGGCUCGCUUUGGGGUCUGGCAAUAUACGUGAUUACAUGGCCGAUUUGGUGGCUUGUUCUGAAGAGCGGUGAUCAAGGUGCACAAACUUUCCUAUACGCCGCCAUGGAGGCACAAUGGGGCAGGGGCGAGGGUGGAUACCUCCUCAAGGAGUGCAGAAGGUCCAUCUGGACCAGGAAGGAGAUUGAUGACGAGGUGCUACAGAAGAAGCUAUGGGAAAGCAGUGAAAAGACGAUUGAGAUUCUUGAAAAAGAGGGGGCAAAGAAGAGGGCAGCCGAGAAGAAGCAAAAAGAGAAGUCCGAGAGCAAGAGUAGCAAGAAGUAGGCUGAUGAACAGGGCCAAGUAUAUGACGUGGUCUUUGGUGAGGACACGAAUAAUGGGAUAGAGGGGUGGUUCUAGAGACGAGAAAGGCGUUGGUUGUUUUCCAUUCUGUUUUGCUUUAUGAUACGAGUUAUUUGGAUGUGUUUACUCAUAGAUUUGUUUGUUUGCGGGAUAGCUAUUGGAGUGUUUGCAGGGAAGAGAAAAUAAAAGUCGGGGCACUGG